UCAGCCUGAGUGAUCCUGCGGAGGCUGUAACACAUCAAAGAAGACUCGCGUGCUUCACAUUCCCGCUCCCUCUGCAACCUGUCGCGUGAGGAUUUUUUAAACAUGAAACAGAAAACCGUUAAGGAUUUUAAUUUUAACGGGAGAAAAUAACCAUUAAGGACUUAAAUUGUGACAGACAUCCGGUGGAGGCAGUGAGUGGUGUGGAGAGAGACCCCGCGCACUGUUUAACUGAGGUGUCUGAGAUCACACACUUCUCUGCGUCAUGACCAGUCGGCCUUCUCGCUACUCCACUGGCUUCACCUGCAUGUAACUCCGAGCCACGUCCUGUCCAGACGGUGUGUAAAAUGUCAGCGUGCAGUGAGUUUGCUGAGCACGUGUGGAAACCCGGAUCCUGUAAGAACUGCUUUCACCCACGUAACGCCCACGCUAACGCUAAAGGCAGGAAAAGCUUGUGUGGGGAGGAAGAGGAGGAUGAAGGUGCCUUAUCUUUGCCCUACAUCAAGCCCACUAUCGCCGUCAAACCUACUAUGAUGAAUUUGGACACGUCCGAGAUAGCAGUGGAAUUUACCACGAAUACACAGCAGACCAAUAAGAGUCUGAUUGGACUAAAGAAUAUUCUGGACCUGUCACCUCUCUACAUUGACAGUAACGGCUGCAGUAAAGCUCUGAAGGAUGUAAUGCUGCAGAAUGGUGUUUCCACAAAGCUGGAUUAUUCCAGCAGGACUAAUGUGUCUCCGAAAGCCCAAUCAAAUACGGCAUGUGUGUUUAUUAUGCAGGAGGAAUGCCGCAGUCCUAUAAGUCUCAAAGAGAGCUUCAGUUCUCAGGUGGUCAAAAUGCCCAAGGGCACUUAUAUCCCUUCCUGUGAUUCAGUUUUACAUAAUCACAAACAGGAAGUGCAGGUCAUAAUAAACACAGCUCCAGGAAGUAUAAAUGGGACUGGUACUGGUGCAUCCUCAGAGACAUUUAGUGUUCUGUCAUCACCAGUGGCAACCCCGGAUUCCCUUAAUAACGCCAGUCUGUCAGAUUUGUUUUCACAUUGCAGCAGUACAGACUCACUGACUUGCCUGGCCACGCUUCAGGCAGAGCCCAUCUAUGCUGAAAGCUCAAAGCGGAAAUGCCGUCUUCAACGAAACACUGACGUCAUCAACGAGGCCAGUGACGAUGGGGAAGGCCAAAGGGCAACCAUCACAGUCAUGGCCGCCCAUACAGAGGAGAACAACCGCACCUUUUACCUAAGCAGCCCCGAUUCUGCCGUUAGCACUCAGUGGCUUCAUUUUAGCCCCACAACCCCUGACGACCCCUCCAGCCCGGUGUUUAACUGGCCGUCUUCCCCUGGUGUCCAUGGAGCAUCCUCAGUCUCCACAGACCUGUUGGUACAGACAGAGGCCAAAGCGAGCCCCCCGAUUCCUCCCAAAAGAACCUCACGUUCUCCAAAACUCGGCACGUCUAGUUUGUCUCCUCUUCCUGAGCUCAACUUCCACGUGACUCCACCCCUGAAACUGUCUCAGGUCGACUCCCAUUCCUCCUGCCCAGUACUGAGCAGCUUGUGGAGCUCAGAGCCUCGAGCCAAAGAGGAGAAAAAGGAGGAGGAGAAGAACAAAACAGAAAGAGAAUGGAAGGACAAGUGUGACUCUCUGCCUGGCACCAAUGAGAGGAACAACAGUCUCAGUGAGAAAGAAGCAGAGAUGAGAACCGACAGCAGCAGCAGUAGCAGCAGUGAGCCCAGACCUCCGCUGCCUCCACCUAAAAAACACCACCGCUCCUGUAGUAAGCUCAGUAUGAGCAGUAUGGAAUUGGAUCAGCGGGGAUCAGUGGAGUCGCUCUCUCACUCUUUGAAGGACAAGAUCACAGCCUCGUCAGAUAGCCUGCCGACUCUGUCCGAUUCUGUUGCUCAGGAGUCAACUCAGCGUUCCUGUCCUGCUCUGUUUCCGGGUCCAAGGCUCUGUCCCCCGCCAUUACCAGAGAAAAAACUCCUGAGCCGCACCACUUCCACCGACACAGAGAAGAAAGUCAAAGGUCAUGCCAUCACUUCCUGUUCAUCUCCUCAGCUCGCGUACUCCUCUUCGCCGUCUUUGCAGACACUCCUGAGCAGUGGGGCAAGUCGGGAGUCUGUGUACGCUCGAUUGGGUGGACUGUAUGGCGAGUGCGUUCGCCGUUUGGCGCUGAAGUGCGAGGAGCGUUUUAUACACGCACAGAAAAGCACACACCGUUUCUUCAACGAGCACGAAUGGAGCCUGUUCAAACUGAGCUGCAGCCGUGCUGUUUGCAUGACCAGGGAUGCCGCAUACUACCCUGCCACCUGCUCCAGUGACACACACACACCCUAUGCUGUCAAGAUCUGUAAAGGUCAUACCCAGGAAGUGAGACGGUCUCACCUGUUUGGUCUGUCUGUGCAACAGUCCAUCCCGCACCACUUUAACCUGCAGCAGGACUGUGGUCACUUCAUCGCCUGCGUCCCUCAGAGCAUGCUCCCUGGCCAGGAAGAGACUCUAGCCCCGCCCUCUUCCCCAUCAGGCUCCGUCCCUGUGGACCAGCAGGAGCGUGUGGUAGUGAUUACACGUGAGGUGCCAAGUGAGAGCGUUGCAGAUUUCGUGAACGAGUAUCAGUCUUUCCAUCGUUCUCAUCCCGAGGUUUAUGAGCGGCGUGUGUGUUUCCUCCUGUUACAGCUGUGUAACGCUCUCGAGCACCUUAAAACUCACGGCGUCACUCACCGUGACCUCUGCCUCGAAAACAUGGUCCUGGUGCCCCAGAAACCAUCUCUGACCUCUGGCCCAACCCCUCAUGAGAGUUUACCUCGCCUCCUGAUUAGCAACUUCUCCAAAGCGAAGCGGCGCUGUGAGACGGACGAGAAGCAGCGAGCCGAGCUGACCCGCAUGGCGCCCGAGAUCGUCUCUGCCUCUCAGUAUCGCAAGGUGGAUGAGUUCCAGACGGGUAUCCUGAUCUACGAGAUGCUGCACCUGCCUAACCCUUUUGAAGCUGUGCCAUCACUACGAAAUCGUCAUUACCGCAUUGAGGAGCUUCCCGCCAUCCCCUCUGUGUCUAUCUACUCAUCCGGGCUGGAGCGCCUCGCCCGCCUCCUGCUGCGUCCUGAUCCGGACGAGAGGAUCCAUAUUGUGGAGGCUAAGCGUGGCCUGCAGAGUCUGCUGUGGGGGCCGCGGCGAGAGCUCCUCGACCGGGUCACCGUUGACAACAGGAAGGACAAGGACCAUGAGGUGCUGUUUAACUGGCUGGACGUAAAGCGAGCAUUGCUCAUGAUGAAGUUUGCCGAGCGCUCGCUGGAACCAGAAAAGAGCACAGAGCUCGAGGACUGGCUCUGUUGUCAGUAUUUCUCCAACACACAUCCACCGUCCCUGCUGCACACUGCCCAGUUGAUGCACAUAAUCAAACCAUCACAUUGAUUAUGCUUUGUGCGUGUGUAGUGCACAAGUAUUGUCUGCAUUCCUGCCUCCGUUCCUGCAGUUUUUAAACAGCUUGUAUAGUCAUGAAACAUUUCUCCUUUGACCACAUUAUUUGCAGAUGCUGCACUUUGUUUUAUAGGCUUAAACUCUCCUGCUGGGUUAUAAAAUCAUCAUAAAAUCAUUCUCACUGCCACAGAGAGAGUGCCAUCCUCCUGCGUGUGUGAGAUUUGCACGUUUGAAGAGUAAGCGGAAAUGCCUCAGUAGAGAGAGAGCAGGACUAUAGCUGUGUACUAAUACCAAAUCCCUAUUACUCCUGUGAUGAGACAUUUCACAUGCUUUUCUACACAUUUCAGCACUGAUGGUACCUCAUAUUGUCUAACGUUGCUAUAAAAAUUGUUAAUUGCUAAGUAAAGUCUCUGCUAUCAGACACAAUAGUGCGCAUUCUUUCACCUAUAUAGGGCUUAAAUAUAGAGAUUGCAAAUUAUACAAUUUUUGUUAUUAACAUUUAACACUGAGUUCCUCAUUAUACUUAGAUAUUAAUAGAGAGAGUGCACUAAUUGGUUGUUUCAGAAAGAAAGACCUGAACACCAAUCAGAGGUUUGCUAUACCGAGUCACACAGCCUGAGAGGCCUUGAUUCCUUAAAUACGAUGAUUAUGCCAUAGCUAAUUUUAUUUAAAUAAUAUUGCAGGGUUAACAACAAUAAUCAUGGCUGUUCAUAGUCUAAAGUUGGUCUUUAUACACUGUGCUGUUGUAUGUUUAGACUGUAAACAGUUGUAAAAAUGUAUAAAAUUUGAUCAUCUCCAGGAAGAGUCGAUGUGAAACUGAAAUUUCACUUGUUUGUAAAAUGUGUACGGGAACUGUGUGAAGCAGGUCUUGAUGAGAAUUCGUCUGAGCACUGAAAUCCCUGUUAGUUUAUUUGUUUAGAAUGAGUGUGAAGGCUGUUUUUUACAGCUGGAAUUCAGUGAGAAAAUGAUCAAAGUAGUGAUGCUGUGAGUUUAAAAUAAUGCUCUGAACAUUACCGCCUGUAAUUAAUUAACCUGCUGGAAUUGCAUCAAUAAAGUGUAAAUAUCUUUUCAA